AUGAUCUCAUCUAUCACUGAAUACUUGGAGGAGUUGAAGGAAGCCUUUGUUCCUACUGUCGCGAAAGCCGAGGACGACGUGGAAGACGUCGAAGAGGAAGAAGAAGAGGAGGACGAGGAUGAGGACGAGGACGAGGACGAGGACGAGGAAGAGGAGGCCGGCGACCAGCUGGACGAGCUAAGAGAGGAGUGCAGAAACGCGGCCGACGCCAAGCCGCUGGUCCACCACUACAUGGAGUGUGUGGAACGCGUGCAGCACGCGCAGCAGCAGCCUGGCUACGCCGACCUAGACUACCAGGAGGACUGUGUCGAGGAGUUCUUCCACUUGCAACACCAUCUUGACAGCUGCGCUGCUCCAAAGCUCUUCGACAAGUUGAAGUAA